AUGAAAAAUGAUAAAGCAGUGGGACCGGAUGGCAUACCUGCAGCAGCCUGGAGGGCUCUUGAUGAGGGAGGAAUUCACAUAUUGUGGCAGUUAAUGAAAAAGAUUAUGGAAAAUGACAUAGUAGUGGUAGCCGAGAACAGGGUAGAACUGGAGAGGAAGCUUGAAAGAUGGAAAUAUGGCUUGGGGGGUAGAGGUUUAAGGAUAAGCAGGAAAAAGACAGAAUAUAUGACAACCAAAUUGGAUGGCGACCAGCAAACAACAAUCAAAUUAGGGGGAGGAAACAUCAAAAGGGUCUAUAAAUUCAAGUACCUUGACUCAGUGACUGACAAUGAGGGGGACAUGGAAGAGGAAAUUAACAACCAGGUUCAGAGUGGCUGGAACAACUGGAGGAAGGUGUCUUGA